CACCGCCAUUCCGCCUAGUCGCCUACGCCGCUGAGAUGACAACCAACAGCCCGCCCGGCCCCGGCACCGGCCCCAAGCGCAAGCGCGAAUCCGAGCCCACCUCCCUCGUGUCCCUCGGCGACGACAUGCUCGCCGAGAUCCUCAGCCGCCUCCCGUCGCUGCCCUCGCUCGCCAGCGCCGCCCUCUCCUGCCCGCGGCUGUGCGGCGUGGCCUCCUCCCCUGCCGUCUUGAACCCCUUCCUUUUUCGGGCUCCGUUACUCGGCUACUUCGUGUCGGCCGCCGACGGCGCCGUCCCCGCCUUCCACCGCGCGCUCCUCCGCCGCGACCGCCACCUCGCCGCCGUCGUCCGCCGCGGCGACUUCCAUCUCACGGAUCUCGAAUACGAUGGGCGCCUCAUGGACUGCCGCCACGGCCUCCUACUCCUCAGCAGCUACCGUCAGUUGGUGGUGUUCGACCCCGUCUCCCGCUCACGACUGCGUAUACCAACACCCGACAAUCUCAUCUACUACAACAGGUCGCUCCACUGCUUCCUGCCGGCCUGCGGCGGCGGUCCAACCCCCUUCAGUGUGCUCUCCCUGGAGAAAAAGAGCGGCAGGGUGCGCGCACACGUCUACAGCUCCCGCAAGGGCGAAUGGUGCUCCUACUCGUGGGCGCCCAAAGGUAUUAAUGGACCGAGGGAAUCCAAGCUCGGCUGGCCCAUGCACGCCGGCGGGCGCAUCUAUUGGAGGAGCGUUACAGGAGAUCAGCUCACCUCGCUCGACGUCGGCGCCAUGGAGUUCUCCCACGUCGAGCUCCCGGAUAACCUGCACAAUCAGCCACGGUCGUACCCGUACGCCGUAGGGGAAACGGAGGACGGCACAACCUGCCUCGUGGCCAACCUGCUACAGAGGGAGGUGAAUGCUUCAAGAUGGUAUCUGCCUCGAGGCCGAUUGCAGAAGGUCUGCGACGUGACGGCCGGCGUCGUGCUCCUCUCCAUGGGCACGGAGAAUGGUGGCCUCCACUACUAUGCCUUUCGCCUCAAGAACGUCCUCCAGGAAGGCACCACCACCACCAGGCCCGAGUUGGAGGCAGACUUCUUCACAUUCGAUGCACGGGUGCAUCCCUAUUUCAUGGCAUGGCCAACACCCAGCCUAAAGGCUGGUAGGUCUAACACGAAGGAAACAAGUCUGAAGGAUCAAGAAGCUGGUUGCUCGAAGAAGAAGAAAACAAGCAUGAAAGAUGAAGAAGCUGGCAGCUCCAAGAAGAAUUAACAAGUCUAAAGCGCUAAGGAUCUGAAUGCUUAUGCAUUGGAGUCUUCAGAUAGUACUAGUUGUGUUUAGCGGGUGUACUUUUGGUUCUGGCCUCCUGGGUUUGCACUGCUCAGUAAGUUUAUCCAACUAGCCAUCUCCUUGCAUGAACAAGAACUUGUGGUCCUGUUAGUUAAGUUCCACCCACUUACUUAUGUUAAUCCACAUCAUGGUUUCUGGUGGUAAAGUUAUGUGAGCAUUCUGAAGAAAACUUAUGCCAAAUUCUGUCCUACA